AAUAGAUGCUCACGAUGACAAUUGAGUCUCUUGAAAAUCACUUCAACCGCCUGUCGGUCAACAAGGAGGAUGGAAGAGACCGGGUGACAAAGGCCAAAGCCGCGACAGCAGCAUCCCCACUCCAGUCGAGCAGUCCAAAUGUCGUCAAACCUGCUCCUCAGAGUCGGAAGCAAGACAUCCGCGUAGCCUCAGUGUCGUCGGCUCGGAAAGCCGCGACCAACACGGAGAAAUCCAACCACGAGUCCCCCGACAAGCCCAAGCCAGCAGCUCUCAUCGAACAGCCUGCCGUGAAAACGCUCCACCUAGGUAUGUUCGAGAUCGGCAAGCCCCUCGGAAAAGGCAAGUUCGGGCGCGUGUACCUCGCGCGGGAGCGGCAGCAUGGGUUCAUCUGCGCGCUGAAAGUGCUCUGCAAGCAGGAGCUGCGGGAGGCGCGGGUGGAGAUGCAGGUGCGGCGGGAGGUCGAGAUCCAGGGCAGCCUGCGGCAUCCCCACGUGCUCAGGCUGCACGGGCACUUCCACGACAGCCGGCGCGUGUUCCUCGUGCUCGAGUUCGCCGGCCGCGGCGAGAUGUACAAGCACCUACGGCGCGCGGGCCGGUUCGCCGAGCCCCGGGCCGCGCGGUACGUCGCGCAGACGGCCGAGGCCCUGCGCUACCUGCACCGCAGGCACGUGAUGCACCGCGACCUCAAGCCCGAGAACAUCCUGCUCGGCGUCCACGGCGAGGUCAAGGUCUCGGAUUUCGGCUGGAGCGUUCGCGCCCCCGGGAACCGCCGCCGGACGUACUGCGGGACGCUCGAUUACCUGCCGCCCGAGAUGGUCGAUCCGAAGACGGAAGACGGCUCGUACGACGAGAAGGUCGACGUGUGGGCUCUGGGCGUGCUGACGUAUGAGUUCUUGGUGGGCGAGGCGCCGUUUGAGGAUUCCCCCGUCCUGACUACGAGGAGGAUUGCCAGGGGGGAUAUGACGGUCCCGGCGUUCGUGAGCGCCGAGGCUAAGGAUCUUAUUCGCAAAUUGCUUGUCAUUGAUCCGAACAAGAAAUUGCCCCUCGAGCAAGUCCUAAGACACCCUUGGAUACUUGAGCACUGCUCUAAGCAUGAAAUAAGAUAAAGUUGGAUUUUGGGGACGAUGAUCGAUUAAGAAUUUUGGGGAUAAGCCUCAAUGAUUCUCUCAAUUUGUCUUAUUAUUCGUUUGAGUUUCUGUGCGGGACGUGGUGCAAUGAGUUUAGGAUAGCGAAGCGUAAAAUAGUGAAUAGUUAGGUACCUAAACUA